UCCUAAGCGCUGACGCAGCCGAGCAGCUGUUGUCACUGCGGAUUCAGAAUCUCUGCGGAGAAUCGCAAAGCGUGGACUGGAUACGGUUUAUAAUUUCACUGCGAGCGAGUGGAAGAAAACUUUGUCACAGCAUAAAAGUGCACCUUCAAAAGCAGGAGCUCACAAACAAUGUCUGGAAGAGGUAAAGCUGGAGGUAAAGCGAGGGCCAAAGCCAAGUCUCGUUCCUCCAGGGCAGGACUGCAGUUUCCCGUGGGUCGAGUGCAUCGCCUGCUGAGGAAAGGCAAUUACGCGGAGAGGGUGGGGGCCGGCGCGCCCGUCUAUCUGGCCGCGGUUCUGGAGUACCUGUCGGCUGAAAUCCUGGAGCUGGCCGGGAACGCCGCCCGGGACAACAAGAAAACCAGAAUCAUCCCGCGUCACCUGCAGCUGGCCAUCAGAAACGACGAGGAGCUCAACAAGCUGCUAGGAGGUGUGACCAUCGCGCAGGGGGGAGUCCUGCCCAAUAUACAAGCCGUCCUGCUUCCCAAGAAAACACACACCUCCAAGAAAUAAUCCCGGACCCGACCACCAGCAGCCCCAGCCCAGACACUUCCACUGCAGCUAUUACUGCUGCUAGGAGAAAUAGCAUCUUACUAAAUAAUUAACAAGGCAAAGUUAUCAAAAGAAGGAAAAUGUGUGCUUUUUCAGCACUUCAGUUUUAGAUUUUAUUUGCAACACACACACUAUGCUCUUUGCUUUUAUGUUUGUAUUUUGAAUUAUUAUUAUGGCAAUAUAUAUUUUAUUUAAAAACAUGGCAAAUGCAUAACCAGGGCAACACUGCAAACACCGUUCUAAGAGACGGGAUCUGCAGAGUCAUACAAUUGUAUUUCAUUCUCAGUGUUUAGACAAAAAAAAGUACCUUAAGCAAAAAGCUAUCUGGUUUGAAGUCCAGUUAGCUUAUUGUUUUCUUUCUGCUGCUUAUUAAAAUGUGUUGGAAACGACAAUGCAUACAAAAGAAUUGAACAGACAGGACCAGGAGCUAGACAAAGCGCCUCGCGGGCCUCGCUUCAGAAAUCUGUUUCUGUUGCAGGAGGUGACAUCCAGUCUUCUGCGUUGGGCUUUGGUUUACAGAAAUGUUACAGCGUGUGAAAUGUACUGUAUGUACUGUGAUCAGGUUUGAUGAGACAUUGGAGAUGCUGCCCAAAAUAAUGACACAUGGCUUCAAAAUAAAACCAAACCCGAGUCUGCAGAAAUCCAUGUCAGAGUCAUCAAGAGUUUGCGUGAAUUCAAUAUGCAGCUUGCUUUGCAUGUUUGGAGACGGAUAGACCUUCAGACUCUGUGACCGCAAAACUGACCGGGUCUCUUAAGGGUCUUCACUGCUGGGUUGUCCAUGUAGACAGCCUCUACAAAGAGUCUGUGAAAUGGUCUGGUUCAUAUUUAAUAUGU